AUGUCAAUCUGCAGAUUGGAUCGCUUGUUUCUUCUCCUGGAUACUGGCUCUACACCCGUUACCCGUCGAGCUGCAGCCCAGCAACUUGGAGAGGUGCAGAAACUUCAUCCACAUGAGAUUCACAAUCUGCUUUUUAAGAUCCAUUUUUAUUUGAAGAGUUCAACCUGGGAGACCAGAAUAGCAGCUGGUCAUGCGAUUGAAGCUGUCGCUAAACAUGUACCUCACUGGGCUCCCAUCAAGAAGAUCAAAGAAGAGGGCGCUACAAGCAGCGCAGGGCCACGCAUCACCACUCCUAUACAGAGAGAGGCAGAUCAGCUCAAGUUUGACAAGUUUAAUGUAAAUCGUGUGUUGGAGCAGGGGUCAUCUUUGCUGGGCUCGGCUGGGACUGAAUAUGAACUAGAUCUGGAAGAAGCGGCAUUAGAUCCAAAGGAGAGGCUGAUUAGACAGAGACAUCAAUUGCAGAAACGUCUCGGCCUCGACGUCGGAGGUGUCUUGGGUAUGGACUCAGAUGACCUGUUCAACGAUGAUGAUCUACUUACGAAGAAAGACGCAGUUGCGCGAGCCGAUAGCAAUACAUUAAAACUACCUACCUCGGCAGCAGAUAUCGUUGCUCAAGAGAUGGCUCAGAUGGGAGCUGGUCUGAGCUCACGGGAGAAGAAUCGUGCUAAGCGUAAAGUCAAGUUACUCCUGAAACAACGCUCCAAGGAAAACAGCGAUGGGUCUCUGGGAUCAAGUAUGGAAAUUGCAAAUGAAGAGCCUUCUAACAAGAAGUCUAAGAUUGUCAAACUAGCGAGCCAAUCCUCCUUCAAUGAUAAACUACAGACUGACCAACCAACAGAUGGCAGCAUCUUCUAUGAGGAGCCUGGGGAGUGGCCCUUUGCUUCAUUGUGUGAGCAGCUUAGCAAUGACCUGUUCCAUCAGUCAUGGGAGAUACGACAUGGGGCAGCCACUGGUAUCAGAGAGGUGGUUAAGGUACAUGGCCACAGUGCGGGAAAGUCAGUUGACCAUCCAUUGGACCAACAAGAGAGUUUAAACCAAAUGUGGAUGGAGGACAUUUCUUUAAGAUUACUGUGUGUCUUGGCACUGGAUCGAUUUGGAGAUUUUGUGUCUGAUGAGGUAGUUGCCCCAGUGAGAGAGACCUGUGCCCAAGCCCUUGGGGUUGUAUUACACCAUAUGACUACUAGUGGUGUGAAUGGUGUACUGGGGGUUCUAUUACAGCUCUUAUCACAGAACCAGUGGGAGGUCAGACAUGGUGGUCUGCUGGGAAUGAAAUACCUACUAGCAGUCAGGAAGGAAAUGACGGAUGAGUUGUUGCCAGUGGUUUUGCCGUCGGUUGUCCAGGGUCUUCAGGAUGUUGACGAUGAUGUGAGGGCUGUAGCUGCAGCAGCCCUGAACCCUGUCGCUGCUGCUCUCAUCAGAGUGUGUAAUACACAGGUAUCCACGAUUCUCAACACACUCUGGGACACCCUAUUGGAUCUAGACGACCUGACUGCAUCCACUAACAGCAUCAUGACCCUCCUAGCCUCCUUGCUGUCCUACCCAGUAGUCUUCACAUACCACAGUCAGGCCACGACGAGACUGGUACCUAGACUCUGGCCCUUCCUAAGGCAUAAUAUCACAUCAGUCAGGAAAGCUGUACUGGAGACACUGUGUACACUGUUAUUCGCUGAACGCCAACAGGUUCCUACUAGUGUUUGGCUGCCACCCAUUCUGCAGGAUGCCUUGAGACACAUCUUCCAGCGCUGUAUUCUGGAGACCAACCCAGAUGUUCUUGCUCUCAUUGAAAAGGUGUGGGAUGCCCUGCUAGAGAAGUCUCCCCUAGACAUCCUAGUCGGAGCCUCUUGUCCUUGGAUCAGUGUAUGGAUGUGUCUGACCAUGCAACCAUCUAAAAUACCCAUUGAAGCCUCCAUGCUGAUUGAGGCUAAACAUAAAUUAAAGGAAGCGAAGGGGCUGAGCAAGAGUUGGAAGAGUCAGCAGACGAUUAAGGAAGAUGAUCGCGAGUAUAUUGGAGGGGAUUCAUCACUCAGUGCAUCAUCAGUAGAGAGAGAAAGUGAUGUACUACAGGCAAGAACAAGAGCUGCGAGGUUACUUGGUCGCAUUGCUCCGUACAUCACCAAUUCCCAGCUACCUCCAACCCUCAAUGCCUCGGAGUCUUUCAGUCAGAUCCUUGUGUUUCAUCUCAGUAGCAAGUCAGCCAUUCAGAGGAUGGUUGUGGGACUAGUCCUGGAGGAAUGGGCUAAGACGGAUAAGGAUUUCCAGUGCCCAGACUCAGUUAAGACCAAGCUGCUGGAGGUGCUGUCCAGCACCAUGUAUUUUGAUGAGGUGUCAGCGCCAUUCAUGAAGAUGCAGUCAGAGUGUAAGAUGCUUGUGACUGCUUGGUGUAAUGCUAGGAGAGACGUCAAAGCUAACCAGUUUCCAGGCGCCUUCACCGUUGAGCAAGCCAGUGCCUUAUCUGAGUCUAUCCAGGGACAGCUAUCCCAUCCAGGAGGCCUGCCAGCCAAGACGACUCAAGACAUCCAGCAAAAAUGCAGACAACUUCAUUCAAGUAUAGAGGAGAUCAAUGAAGAACAACAGCGGCUCAGUAUCAGGACCCAAGCUUGCCUAGCCUCGGCCAUUAUUGCAUUGAAGUCAUUACCUGACCGACUCAACCCAGUCAUCAAGCCACUCAUGGACAGCAUGAAGAAAGAGCAGAUCCCUAUCAUGCAGAGUCGAGCAGCAAACAGCCUAGCCAGUCUCCUAGAGCAAUGUGCCCAACGCUCACCCUGCCCUACCCCCAAAAUCAUCAAAAACCUCUGCAACAGCCUCUGCUGUGAUCCUAAUAUCACACCCAGUGCCACCCAGCCCAUUGGAUCCCUAGAGCUCUUGACCAGGCAGCCGGGGUUUGGGAGGGUGCCUAGCUCAGGGUGUUUGUCGGUGCCUGGAGGCUCCAGACCUACCUCUCCUCUACCGGGUGCUGUCACCACCGCACAGUGUGAUAAGAGGCUUGGAAUACUCACACUGGCAAAACAGCAGCAUAUAGCAGCAAUAACAGCUGCCAAUCGUCGUGCAGCUUAUGCCCGGUCCCGCAGCAAGGAUACCAGUCUCUCUGAGGCAGGCCUUCUCUUGGACCCUACCACUUUCACCGAGGGGGGAAGCACACACAACCAGCUGCAACGUCGAGGGGCAAGGUUUGCCCUGACGACCAUCGCGAGACACUUUGGUGCAGAUUUGAUCGGUUGCUCCAGCAAACUUUGGGAGUUGAUGACGUCUUUACUACAAGAGCAUUUGCAUCCAUCUAAAUUUGACCCCAUUUUACUCCAGGAGAAUGAUGAACUGGCUCAGGAUCUCAUCAAUACACUACAGGUCUUUGAGGUUCUCUGUCCAGCUGUGCAUCCAAGCCUUCAUCUUAAGCUGACAGCACUACUCCCCAACUUGAUCCAAUGCCUCCAGUAUCCCUACACCUCAGUCAGACACAUGGCAUCCUGUUGCCUGGGUGCUCUAGCCAAAGUCUCUACCACCCCAACCAUGAACUGCAUCUUAGAAGACGUCCUCCCCAUGCUAGGGGUAGCAGACAAUGAGAUGCAACGAGAAGGGGCGACUGAGGCGCUUAUGUGUAUCAUUGAGAACCUUGGGAUGGGCAUUGUUCCUUAUAUCGUCCUGUUGGUUGUUCCACUUCUCGGGAGGAUGAGCGACCAGGUGGAGUGUAUACGACUGACGGCAACGCACUGCUUCGCAACGAUGAUUCGUCUCAUGCCACUUGAGGCAGGCAUUCCAGAUCCACCGGCCAUGGCCGAGGCCCUGGUUGAACAGAAGGCUCGGGAACGACACUUCCUAGAGCAACUCCUGGACAGCAAAAAACUAGACAGCUACAAAGUACCUGUUCCUAUAGACGCAGAGCUCAGGAAAUACCAACAGGAUGGUAUAAACUGGCUUGCGUUUCUCAACAAGUACAAACUUCACGGGAUUCUGUGUGAUGACAUGGGGUUAGGGAAGACUCUACAAUCUAUCUGCAUCAUGGCUGGUGAUCACCACCUCAGGGACAUAGCAUUCAAAAAAACGCAGCAUGCAGAGGUUGCUCCAUUAUCAUCUAUAGUAAUCUGUCCCCCAACCCUGACGGGACAUUGGGUUUUUGAGAUUGAGAAAUUCUGCUCGCCGCAGUAUCUUAAUCCUCUACACUACACUGGACCACCAACUGAACGGCAAUUGUUACGCAGUAAGGUAAAAAGACACAACUUGGUUGUUGUGUCCUAUGACAUAGUUCGGAAUGACAUCGACUUUUUCAGGACAAUGCAAUGGAACUACUGUAUACUAGAUGAGGGCCACAUUAUCAAGAAUGGGAAGACAAAACUAGCAAAGGCCAUCAAGCAGCUGAAUGCAGCUCAUAGACUUAUUCUAUCAGGGACACCCAUACAGAAUAAUGUGUUGGAGUUGUGGUCACUGUUUGACUUCUUAAUGCCAGGUUUCUUAGGCACAGAGAAACAGUUCACGGCAAGAUACGCUAAACCCAUCAUACAAAGCAGAGACGCUAAGAGCUCAUCCAAGGAACAAGAAGCAGGUGCAUUAGCAAUGGAGUCCCUCCAUAGACAGGUGCUACCAUUCCUACUGAGGCGUCUUAAAGAGGAUGUAUUGGAUGACCUUCCUCCUAAGAUAAUACAGGACUACUACUGUGAGCUCAGUCCCCUUCAGGUGCAACUGUAUGAAGACUUUGCCAAAUCAAGGGCUAAGAAGGGUGUAGAGGUGACAAUAUCAACCCCAGAUGAUGAGAGGCAGCCACAAGACAAGCCACUAGCACCGGCCACCAGCCACAUAUUCCAGGCAUUACAGUACUUACGUAAAGUGUGCAAUCAUCCCUUGUUAGUCCUGAAUAAGAAGCACCCUCAAUAUGACUACAUCACAGGGCAGCUCAGCGAGCAGAACACCUCACUACAUGAUAUUUCUCAUGCACCCAAACUAACAGCUCUCAAGCAGUUACUCCAGGACUGUGGUAUCGGAGUGGAGGCAAUGGGGAACGAGCAAGAAGGGUUAACGGAAGCCGUCGUUGGACAACAUAGAAUUCUUCUCUUCUGUCAACUCAAGAGUAUGCUUGACAUCGUUGAGAAGGACCUCUUAAGGAAGCAUAUGCCCAAUGUAACCUACCUCCGACUGGAUGGCAGUGUACCAGCAGGACAAAGACACGACAUCGUACACAGGUUCAACAACGACCCCUCAAUAGACAUGUUACUACUAACUACUCAUGUUGGAGGCCUAGGUCUGAAUCUAACUGGAGCUGAUACUGUGGUGUUUGUUGAACAUGACUGGAACCCUACCCGAGAUCUACAGGCAAUGGACAGAGCUCAUCGUAUCGGCCAGAAGAGAGUCGUCAAUGUUUACAGACUCAUCACCAGAGGAACGCUGGAAGAGAAAAUCAUGGGGCUGCAGAAGUUCAAGAUGAACAUUGCGAAUGCCGUCAUAACUCAGGAUAACUCCAGUCUGCAAUCCAUGGGAACAGAUCAACUUCUAGAUUUAUUCUCACUCGAUCAGGGCAAGCCAGGAGGAUCUGAGGACCCUAAGAAGGAUUCAACCUCCUCAGCAGGAGGAUCAGGUAAACAGACGACUAGCAGCGUCUUGCAAGGAUUGAAUGAACUCUGGGAUGAGAAGCAGUACGAGAAUGAAUACAACCUGGAUACAUUCAUGAACUCUCUCACAAGUUGAUUAAUGUCAAAGGGUU